AUGGCCACCAUCGUUUGUCCACCUCUGUACAAUCACUCACGCAACUACACGCUCAUCGGCGCUCGAAGUACGCCAACCAAACCAUUCACUGCGUCGGAUUCUGCCGAAAAUAGUAAAGGCACGGAGACUGUAACCACAAGCGGAAGAAAGAAAUCUCGCAUGGAGGUGUACAUCGACCUUAUAUCUGACGAACACAAUCCUCCCCAGCUCUCACGGCCCAAGAAAUCGCUUGACAAGAACCAGAAGACAACGCUGCAUCAGUACUUUGCUCGCACUGGACCUGAGCCCGUUCAAAUGAAAUCGGCACUCAGCGACAAAUCUCCGAAUGUUGCACGCCCCAGGAUUAGUGAGGUCUAUAUAGACUUGACACUCAGUCCCCCGCGAAAGCGCAAGUCUGUCGGUGAGGAUAGCGGCAGUGGGAGCGAAGUGGAGAAGGGCAAGAAAAAAGCAAGGACUGGGGUGACUGGAGGAAAAGUUGACGAGAACGGCAAAGCUAUGGAGAAAGCCAUGACGAACGACGAUGAUAAAGCUCAAGAGCAUGUUAAGCGUCUCCGCAAAAUCGCUGAGCCUAUUUGGACUGCUCUUCCCCAAUUCGAAGACCGUGCUGAGGUUGAAGCGCGCAUGCAGCUGCGCGAGUUCGUUGUGCGUUUCCGCCCUAUUCUCCGCCUCGCCAAGACACACCUCGAUGCACUCGAUGAGUUUGGUACCUUCUCGCGCGAGACAGCGAAGGCUGUGACUACUGCGUUGCUUGAUCUCAUAGCAGUCGAUGCGGGUGCCAAGGAGAAAGCAUCAGUGAAGCUCGCAAUGAAAGAAGUUACGGCAGCCAGCGGCGAACCCCUUCACAUAUGGACCGCACUUCAGAAGCUUUUGAAAAGUGCGUAUGACAUGGAAAUUACUGUCCCCACUUCGGCAGUCGAUGGGCGUACCCGCAAGAAGGUGCAUCGGCCAGAACAGUUGGUAGACGUUCUCCUGACCCUAGUGGUCCUCGUGGUCCAGGGAGAGAGCGUGAAGCUCGAACUUGCGGAGGGGGAGAAAGAAAUGAAACAGAAAGGCAAGGUGUUCUCGAAAGCACUCAAGGAAGAAGAAGAGAGAUGGCAGGAAGAGCGUGCCAAACUCGUUUUCGAAAGGCCUGGGAAGUUGGCCAAAGGUGCCAGCAAACAAGAGGUAGAACGAGAGAAGGCAUACAAGGCAAAGUAUGCUGCUGCGAACAAAGCUCACAAGAAUACCCUUGCUUCUCUCAAUUCGGAGUACCUGCUAUCCAACAGCGCUUCCACUUCUCGUUUCCAACCGCUUGGAAGGGACGUCGACGGGCGCACAUACUACAUUCUUUCACCGUACGAUGACGCCAAGAUCCCACCUUUGCCCGUGCGCGAAGGAGCGACCAAGUGGAGCUGGUUCGUCGCUGUGUGGGGACGGAAGCCUGAAUCCCCAGUCACUUCGCCAGAAGGAAACGGAAAGCUCGAGAGCAGUGAAGGCAGCAGCAAGGAGCGUACGCUAAACGGCGACGACUCUGAUUCGACCCUUUCAGUGUCGGAAGACGACCUGCUCGAUCACUGGUACGCGUUCACCUCACCUCAAGAAAUACGCCGCCUGGCAAAGUGGACAGAUUAUGUCGCGUCAGCGGCCGUUGCCGGCGACAAGCCUACACCUCAACCUACCGACGAUGAUCUUGCGCCAGCGACGGGCAAGGAGAUCGCGCUGCUGUGUGAGAAGCUGAACGGGUUUGCGGACUAUCUGGAGUGGAGGUGUAAAGACGAGGAUGCGUAA